AUGUCCGAUACCGAGGAUAAUCAGGAUAUGCUACCGAGUUUGGUCGAGCAGAUAGUCCAGCGAAUAACAGCGGGAGAGGUAAGUGAACGUCAGAUAUGAUUUAUGGAAAUGCCAGAUCUGUAGCCUAUUGUAGCCACGCUGCCAUCUUCAGCAUGGUGUCGGCUAGAUCAAGGUGUGUAGUCUAGGUGGAGAGGAAGGAUGCUAAAGGUUUUGCGCCGUCCUUUGGAACGGGUAUCAGGGACAUAAAGAUAACACGUGCAUGAAAUAUGGGCUGCUGUAAAAUUCACAAAUGUGUUUUUUCUCCACGUAAUCUCCAUUUUAGUCCUAUAUUUUAGUUUAUCAUUCUAUAGGCUGCAAACAAAUGCCCUGAUAUCUUAUAUCAAGAUUAUGUAACACCUCAUAAAUCAAGAUAUUGAAUUUAAAUAUACUAAUUAGGCUUUGCAGGAUACCAAGGGGGUUGCAUAAAGAAUAGAAUGCCAAAAGCAUGCUAAAUUGCAGUCGUAAGAAAUAUUGUAGGCUUUUGAACAAGAUAAGUAGGGGAAUAGACUAGACCUAUGAACAUCCAUUAUUAAUGACCAUAAUUUGUGUAAACAGCCUACUCCUACCAAUGUAAUAUUUGCAUUUGGGGCUAACUUUAUUUGGACAAUGCACCAUCCAUGUGCAAACAUGUUUCACUGCUAAACGGGUAGGGUAAGCUUUAGGCUAUUUACACAAAUUAACCUAGGCCUACUGUUCAAGCCACUCAUAAUUAAUAUGGCACUUCAUGGACUAUCUAAGAAUAAUAGUGCUAUGACUGAGUGCACGAUCUACACAGAUGUCUCAAGUUUUGAGUGUGCAAUUGGCAUGCUGACUCCAGGAAUGUCCACCAGAGCUGUUGCCAGAGAAAUUGAAUGUUUAUUUCUCUACCAUAAGCCGCCUCCAACGUCAUUUUAGAGAAUUUGGCAGUACUUCCAACCGGCCUCACAACCGCAGACCACGUGUUUGGCAUCGUGUGGACAAGCAGUUUGCUGUUUUGAACAGAGUGCCCCAUGGUGGCGGUGGGAUUAUGGUAUGGACAGGCGUAAACUACGGACAACGAACACAAUUGCGUUUGAUCAAUGUUAAAUUUGAAUGCACAGCGAUACCGUAAUGAGAUCCUGAGGCCCAUUGUCGUACCAUUCAUCCGCCGCCAUCACCUCAUGUUUCAGCAUGAUCAUGCACGGCCCCAUGUCGCAAGGAUCUCUACACAGUUCCUGGAAACUGAAAAUGUCCCUAAAUACUCACCAGACAUGUCACCCAUUGAGCAUGUUUGGAAUGCUCUGGAUCGACGUACGACAGCGUGUUCCAGUUCCCGCCAAUAUCCAGCAACUUUGCAUAGUCAUUGAAGAGGAGUGGGACAACAUCCCACAGGCCACAACCAACAGCCUGAUCAACUCUAUGUGAAGUUGGCAAAUAGUGGUCACACCAGAUACUGACUGGUUUUCUGAUCCACGCCCUACCUUUUUUUAAGGUAUCUGUGACCAACAGAUACAUAUCUGUAUUCCCAGUCGUGAAAUCCAUAGAUUAGGGCCGAUUUUACAAUUAUUUAAAUUGACUGAAUUCCUUAUAUGAACUGUAACACAGUAAAAUCUUUUUAACUGUUGCGUUUAUAUUAACAGUUACAAUUUUGGUAGUGCAACAAUAUAGCAUCUCUCACGUGCGAUUUUGAAACGUUGCAAACCUCAACUUUUGGUCUAGUGAAAUCUGAUCCUAUUGCCCUCCCUGUCUUUUGAAUACUCCGGGUUGCCGCAUUGUUACUAUGGUGAUUUCAGUGUCUCCACCCCGCCCCACACAGCUUGGCUGUCCCUCAUUGCUUGAAAUGCAGCAGCCUUUCGACUGUUGCUGAUUCACGACGCGCAGUCCCAUCCGUAGCGUCUAGUCACGGUAUUUAAUUCACAAUCGACUCGACAGCGCUCGUGAUUGCACUAGUCGGCAUCUUCAACAUACGUUGGAUACGUUUUAACAAGCCAAACAACCCUAUAAAUAUAUUAAUUCAUCAUGUCUGCAGUCUCGCGACGUAACUCAAUUUUGCCGGUAAGUGACUAGCAUAUGUACUAGUUUUAAUAUUACAAAAUGAUAUGAAACAUCCUCGUGGAACGUUACUGAUUCAUCAUUGCCUUUUACAUUUCAAAUGGCGGGGUCGAAAUUAUAUAGGCUAGUUUUUACAGCAAUAAUUCACUGUAAAAUAAGGCAAUGGAAGUUUCUGAGCUACCUAUUUUUGAGGAGGGAGAGGCUAUACGGACACGCCGGUGCACACAUUGAUGAAGUAUGUCGCGCAGCUCAGAGUUGAGUGGAGACGAAUGGAUUUUGCCGUGGGGCAGAGGAAAAUGUGCAGUUUUAUAGCUAGUAUCAUGCUAUUCUACAUUUUGCCAUGAGGCUAAGAAUGUUGCUUUUUUAAACCUAAAAUAUAGGUGUUGACUGUGAUAAAGGCACUGGAUUAUGAGCUUUCUUGUUUGUUAAAUGAACAAAUGAAGUAGGCAGUGCCAUGGCGCAUAUUCGGAAAGUAUUCAGACCCCUUCCCUUUAUCCACAUUUUGUUACUUUACAGUCUUAUUCUAAAAUUGAUUAAAUAUUUUUUUCUUGUAAUCAAUCUACACACAAUACCCCAUAAUGACAAAGCGAAAACAGGUUUUUAGAUUUUUUUGCAAAAAAAGUAUAAAAUAAAAACAAAAAUACCUUAUUUACAUAAGUAUUCAGACCCUUUGCUAUGAGACUCGAAAUUGAGCUCAGGUGCAUCCUGUUUCCAUUGAUCAUCCUUGAGAUGUUUCUACAACUUGAUUGGAGUCCACCUGUGGUAAAUUCAAUUGAUUGGACAUGAUUUGGGAAGGCACACACCUGUCUAUAUAAGGUCCCACAGUUGACAAUGCAUUUCAGAGCAAAAACCAAGCCAUGAGGGGGUGUGGCUUUCAGGUAGUUAUUUUUGGCCACCUAUCCCGUGAGAGUUAGUGUCAUUCCACUUAAUCUGAAUGUCAUUCCAGUGCACUGCUAGCUAUCAAUUGUAUAUGAUAGUGUUUGCAUGUGUAGGAAAACAAAUACCAUUAUUAGGUCAAUAAUGUCCCGUUUUGAGAGCAUUACAAAAUAUAUAUAUUAAAAUGUUUUGCUCAUCCCACUUGAUUUUUAUUUAGACUAGGAUAACAGCCUACACAAGAAAUCACAUUUAAUAUUGGUAUUUGGUACUAGUAACUAUCUGGAUGUCACCGUGAUACAGUCUACUGCUCAAUGGGGGAGAGUUUGCGCUGCAAGCCAGUAAUACAACGACACGGGGCACAGUGUCCUUCGUUCCCGCUUGCCGCAGUAAAGAGAUGGAAGUAGCUAGAUAGUGUAGCCAAUAUCAGGCCAGGGUGACAGCUAAAGCACAUUUAUUAUAGGGAUUUUAACAGAAAAUAUACAACUACGGCAUUAACGUCUACAUUUUUGUAAAAACAGAAUGAUUCUGAACACGCUCCGAAGUCCCAACUUCGGCAGACAAGUUCCUAAUUUUCGCAGAAGUUUCUAGCCGCAUCUAUAAAUUAGAUAGCUGGGAAGGGCUCAUCAGGACGACUGACUGAACCGAAUCCGUUCGUCUCCACUCAACUCUCGCUGCGCAACAUACGUCAUCAAUUCGGGCACCAGGUGUGUCCGUAUAGCUUUUCCCCUUUGAGGAAUUGCUUGCUGUAACCAUUUUUGCCUCAGCUAACCAACAAGCUGAUGCAUGAACUAACGUAACUAUGUGCAUGGCCUAGCAGUGUAGAGCUUACAUGUAAAAAUUGUGUUUGUAUACGAAAAAUCUAAUGGUUGUUUACUUCUAGGCCUUUAGGGGGAAAUUGACCUGUCUCAGGCACAAUACAAUGAAGAAUGUGUCCAUUAUGUAACCGUAUGCCUAGUCUAUCAGUAACAAAACUGGCCUCUUUCAAAUGAAAUGUUUAAAAAGCGUUUACAUAAGUCUAUGUAUGUUACUGUUGGCCAGCGUUUCCCAAAUUCGGCUUGGUGGACGAGACUAGCAACCGCAGCGUUUCCCAAACUCGGUCCUGGGGACACCAAGGGCUGCCCAUUUUGGAUUUUGCCCUAGCAAUACACAGCUGGCCCCAAGGGGUGCACAGUUUGGUUUGAUGAUGAGUUGCUGUUGCUAGUCUCGUCCACCAGCCGGAUCCGUCUCUGUUGAACCGGUAUGCAAUUAGCCUGGGGAUAAGUUUACUGUAGACCUAAUAGUACUGUCCGUGUCCACACCAGGUCCCUAUCAAGAGUAUUGAGCGGGAGCUCAUUUGUCCGAUCUGCAAGGAGCUGUUUACGCACCCCCUCAUCUUGCCCUGUCAGCACAGCGUUUGUCACAAGUGUGUCCGAGAGCUGCUGCUAUUGAACCAUGAGGAUUCUUUCGAUGCAGGCUCCGAGUGUUCCCUCCCUGGGAGCCCAGGGCCUCGAUCCAGAGUGCCCUCGCCAAGCAUGGAGAGGCUGGAUAGGCUUGCAAGAUCAGGUAAGUUUGGGUUUGGCCAUUCAUCACCAAGCCUAUGUUGUGACGAGGGAUGUCAAUCUGGCAACAUCACAUGCAAUUUGCAGUAAAGUUCUACGGACAUGUCAUACCCAGUUUCAUCUUUCACGUGUAUUUUCCUAGUUAUUCUCUGGGUUGUAGAAUGAAAGACACCACCACUGAUCCCACCCUGUUUAAAAUCAUAAUGUUGGAUGUUCAUACAAUUCCUUUAAUCUCAUUACGUUUUGAGAUGUCUUAUUCAAACUCGACAAGUUUAUUCAAGUCAUCACUUUUGUUCUGUCUAAUUCCAUGCCCUUAAAGCAUGCACUUGCAAAAAAACUUUAAAUUAUAGGUGUAUUGUGGAUAUUUUGAUUUAGUAAUGCCAAGCAAUUUCUUAACACAGAAUGCCUAUCAUUUACACCACCUUGAUAGGAUGACAGGCUUGAGUUAUGUACACAUGUCAGAACAAAGCACGACUAUUAUCCCACUAAAGCAUUUAAAACGCUUAUGAAAUAACGUUUUGGUGGGAGGGGGAGGUUGUUACAAUAUUCAUUUAUUUUGGUUCACCCCCAAAAAAUAUGCUAAGGGAGACAGAGAAUUCAAUGUCUAAAUCCAAGGUGUAAACAGCAUGGCGUGAGACAAGGCAGUCUUUCACUUAAUCAUAAACUAGUCACUGACCACUCCAAAAACACAGCUGUGGAACCCACAGCCCAACCAAUUCACAUUUGCCCGAACCUGAAUGUGCCCAUUCUUCAUGUCCAGGUCCACAUCUAUUAACACAGUGGAAACAUUCAAUGCUGUUUAGAAAAAGAGCUAUAGUUAUAGAGCUGGUAAUAAAAUAAUACAUCCUUAGUCAUCUUAAGAAUCAUGCACUUCAUUUCAAUCCCCUUGGCGUUAGUAACCAUGGUACUUUUACAGCGGAUUUAGUAAACAAAUUUCUUAUAAGUACAUUGAAGAAAUCUUAAAGGACAUUAUAAACAUACCUUUAAGUAAAAGUCUUAAAUCUCUGACAGCAUUUAACUAAAGGUUUCACCUCUGCUGAUUGGAUGUCAGACCAGUGGUGGUCAUGGUGACAAAACCUGCCUGCAUGGAAUGAAUGAGGGAUUAAAUGAACUGAGCCCAGGGCUAUAUUUAUCAGUCAAGUGCUAUAAAAGCUAACAAAGGUUUUGUUACUGGAAACUCAUCAAUGUUUUCUUCACCUUGUUUUAUUAGGAUUUGGACCAGACACUUUUGUUGUUUUUAGAAUGUUAAACUCAAUGUACAUAUAGAUGUUUUGAAAUCUGUGAAUUCACAUAUUGUUUGACCAAAAACUUUAAGAAAGCCAUUUCUUUUAAGCACCAUGUUAUUGUGUGUUAGCACUUGUCCACUGUCAUUGGAUGUGCAUCAGGUUUGACUCCACUUCUGUUCACAUACUGUAUAUGUUAAUUGUUGGUCUCACUUCACUUCUUUGUCCAUUGCUUGCAGCCACACUGCAGAGAAGGUCGUUUGGGAGGAGAGGUAGACGCGGGUUCCAUUUUUUGAAUAGCUGUAGUAGUGAGUACAGUGUUACAAGAUCCCCCGUGAACCCCAAUUUAACUGUUACUCUACUGUACGUAACCACACAACUGACAAUAGGCCCCCUGUUGCUGUUAUAUAGCUGAUUUGGUAGACGUGGCAUUCUAGCUUUUAAAAAAGUCUACUGAGCAAAGGCGCAAAUGUAUAGUAUGUCCCACCAAUUUAUGUCUGCAUUUGGAGAUUUGUUUCUAGCCUGGUGCUUUCAGGCUUUAGUGCUCUGCUUUCAACACGUGGAUGUCUUACAAAGUAGGUUGGAGAAUGAGAGGGAGAGCUACAGCUCUGGACGGGAUGUGAGUCAGAGAGUGGAGAGCAGAGGGAAGCGAAAUGGCUCAGAAGUUACCUAGGAGUUGGGUUUAAAGUGGAAUUUCUUAAUGCCUGGGCAAAUGAAGAGGGGUCACCCCUCCCUGUAGCCUCUGAAGUACCCAGUACCUUGUGGAGGCGAGUAGAUAUACUUUUAGAAGAGGCAGGGGACCUAUUUCUAUGUUACAAAACACAAGAUGAUAUUUUGUUUAGACAUACCAAGAUUCUCUAGACUAUGCUGCCUCAACCUUCAAUUUCACUCCUACUGACAGGCUUGCCCCAGUGAAACUUUUAUUGCACCACGGUUCAGUUAUAGAAAAUGAUGUUUUAGACACUCAUGUUUGUAGAGAUUGCUCAUGGCGCACAAGCCAAUGUUCUCAUCAACUUGUGCUAGUUGAUGGGAGAAGACCCUAUAGCACAAUGCCAAAUAAAACAGUGGUCUUAAUGAUGCUUUAGCAGACAUUUGUCUUUCUUUUUUUAUUUUUUAUGUUGAAGUGCUCGGUAGAUGUUUUAAAAACGGUAUGCCAUGAUAAUUAUCCUCCUGACGCUAGUGAAAGAUUCCCCUCCAUUAUAAACACUGCUUCACGAAACACCUCUCCUAACAAGUGCAGUUGUGUCCCUUUCAUAGAGGUCAAGUCUUAAAAGAACCCUACAGAUUUCAGUCUAAAAGCCAUUCAUCUUGACAGUAUAUUCUUCCAAGUAAAAAGGUAAAGAAGUUAAAAACGUGUAGGGAAGAUUAACUCCACUCUAUAAAUGUAUGUUCCUACCUUGUACAGUAUUUGGUUUAUUCACAUACUCCUGGCAAGAUUGCUUGCAUCCCUUUUGUAAUGCAGUCCUGGUUAUGGCGAUGGGGCUGUGUCGCAUUGUGAUGACUCAAACCUUGUUGUUAAUGAUGUGGUUCUGUAGGAAACGUACCCCUUUGCCCUGCCAGAAUGGCCUUGCGAUGACUUGUCAGUUUCUGCCCUGAGCUCUUUCCACUGCAGCAGCAGGGCAACGUGCCUCAGCCUGCUACCGUACACCUUGCUGCAGACACGCUGCUGCAGCCCCCUCCCUCCCUGACCAGCACACCCACCUAGCCUAAGUACACUGUCCUUUUAAUCCCUGACCUCCCCCAUCCACUUCAGUCCAGGACACUUGGCCCCCACCUCAUCAAUUUCCAUCCCAAGACCCUCCAAAACACCAAGCCUGCUCACUCACUACUCCAUCAGCAUCCUCAGUCUCCCAUCGCUGCAUGCCAUCACACACAUCGGCAGACAUGUUUGUCACGCAUGCUUGCUUUGUACCCACUGCAUGUCUGUGUGUUGCAACUUUUUUUUGCUUGCCAUUUUCCUUUGUACAUUUCAUGCACAAGGUUCUGCUGCUUGCAUUCGUCAUGUGUGUCAUGAAUGCCUUUCUCCUCUUAUUUUUUAUAUAUUUUUUUAUAUGCAAAGGGUUUGUUGUCUUUCUGGAUAAUAAUGCUUUACAAGGCAUUUAUGGUUGUGAGCGAGUGUUCAGAUAUGUUGAACUGGACAAAUCAUUUAAAAAACAAAUUUCCUCUGCAGGAUGCCAUUUUGCUGGAAAUCGAUAUUACUCUCUCUUACCCUUUGGUUGAUUGAGUCUAAAUUUCGGUUCUGUUAGUGGGUUUCCCACCUUUUUACUUUGCACCUGAUUUGUAAUGGAUUUUACGUGAAUCUGUUUGUGUCCAGGUCACUGUAAACACAUGCUCUUCCUAUCUCUUGUGUUAUCCAUCCAUGUUGUGUGAGAGACUAUGUAGUAUGAGCUGCCCGAGAAGGACCCGUGUUUGUUUCUGUAGGACACUGACCGUGUGUGUCUGCUUGUCUGUGCAGUCCCACCCUUAGUUUUUCUGUGAUUGGCCCUCUGAUGGCUGUUCUGUCUGUCGUAUCAGGCUCUAUCUCCUCACCGGGAUGGAGGCGUGGCUCUGUGACCCCCCGCAUCACCACCUUCCCGUGCCCGGGUUGCCAACACGACGUGGACCUGGGCGAGCGGGGCAUGAGCAUGCUCUUCCGGAACUUUACCCUGGAGAGCAUCGUGGAGCGCUACCGGCAGGCGGCCCGCGCUGCCGUGGCGGUCAUGUGCAACAUGUGCAAGCCGCCCCAGCAGGAGGCUACCAAGAGCUGCAUGGACUGCAAGGCCAGCUACUGCAACGAGUGCUUCAAGUUCCACCACCCCUGGGGCACCCCCAAAGCCCAGCACGAGUACGUGGGGCCCACCAUGAACUUUAGGCCCAAGGUAGAUACCAUUUACCACGUGGGGGGGGGGGGGGGGGGUUGUUUAUCUCGACCAUGUUGCUCUGCUGUUGAUUUUAGAUUGCAGGGAUCAGCUCAUGUUAUUGAUGGUGGACGAUCAUUGACGAGUUGAUUGCGGUAAUAAUGCUGCGUUCAGAGAUGUUGACUGGACUGGUCCUUACCGGCUCGCUGUUGUUGGUUUAAUUUCGACUGACAAUAAAUCUUAUCUCUGCUAAUAAAUAGAGAGAUGAUUGAAAGGAGAGAGAAUGUAAUCCAGUAUUGACUCACUUAUGUUUUGGUGUGACGAGUUUGCGAUUUGAAAAUGGCCACUAAUCCAGUGUGUGCUCAUGGCCAUCCAGGUGCUGAUGUGUCCAGAGCACGAGAUGGAGAAGGUGAACAUGUACUGCGAGGUGUGCCGGCGUCCGGUCUGUCACCUGUGCAAGCUGGGAGGCUCCCACGCCAACCACAAAGUCACAACCAUGAGCAGCGCCUACAAGAUCCUCAAGGUACUGUAUGACGAUAACGAUGUCUCCAACCAUUCACUUGACCUGACUAAAACCUAACCGGGUUUAUUUACUAGGAAGCAAAUGGGGAGUGAACUACCUGAAUUUGUUAAAAAAUAAACACGUUUUCAUUGCAAAACGUUUUCGGUUGCAAAAUGUUUUGCUACAGUGUGUACUAAUGAAUACACCCCAGGAAGAAAGUGUGUUAGAGUUUGGAAGUUGAUGUUUACCCAACUGGCCAGUGACUCCGUUGUUUCUCAGCGCCCUAAUGAAAUAUUGAUCUGUGACCUGUAGCUGUACUGAGUGGCACGCGUCCACAUGAUCAGUUUUCCUUUGCGAGCAGUGGAAUCCACGUGUGUGUUGUCAUCAACAUCAAGCGAACCUCGUCUCCCCUGACCUAGACUAGACGGAGGUCAAUCAGCCACUGAAAACAGAGGGACUCUGUGUCCUCUGGCUGUAAUCUAAAAGGCCUGUGGACACGGGCACCGGGCCGGUCUCAUCCAUAUUUAAUGCAAUCAUUUGUAACUUAUAAUGUUCUAACUAUUGAGCAUUUCUGCUAAUGUUCUUUGUUGUUAUUACACCAACAGGAGAAGCUAUCAAAGGCUAUCCAUUACUUAAUCAGCAAAGAGGACCAAGUGAAGACUCAAAUUUCCCACCUGGAGGUGUUGAUCAAUGAAACCGAGGCAAGUAGCUGUGUUGACAGAGUUAAACUAGUCCUGUGUUGUCUGUGAUGGUCUGUUUACAUGUCUGUUAUGUCCAAUAACAAAGGGACAUUCUGUCUGCACCGAGAAGGAAGGUCACUUAUGCCUUUAUAUGUAUUUGAAUAAACAAAGGAACGUAUACUAAUUCACAUGAAUUCCACUGCAGAAGCAUUUGCUCUCGUCUGUACUGUAUUAUAAUGGCUUUUGUCACUGUCUUGUUUUCAUUUGUUGUAAUAGUAUGUCUAUGCUACCCUUGUCCCAGAUCUGUUUGUGCCAUCAUUCCACCUCCUUGUCAUGUCAAACUCUUUGGCAUGACAUAGGAGGCAUGAUGUGACAUGAUUGCACAAACGCUGGUCCCUACGCUACUUCAAUGCAGUUGUAGGUUUCAAUGAAUUGUUGCGCAACAUAUCUCUUACUUCUACAGGAGAACGGCCAGUUGGCGGAGCGUCGGACCAACGAGCACUUUGAGCGACUGUUCGAGACCCUCCAGGAGAGGAAGUCUGAGAUGCUGCGCUCCAUCGAGCAGUCGAGGACACGGCGUCUGGACCAGCUCCGGGGCCAGGUGGACGAGUACCAGGGCAUGCUGGAGAACAGCGGCCUGGUGGGUUACGCCCAGGAGGUCCUCAAGGAGACGGACCAGUCCUGCUUUGUUCAGACUGCCAAGCAGCUGCACACCAGGUCAGCCUCCCUCCAGCCCUGACUGCCACUCCCAGUUCCAGCACAUUGUCCUCUGUUAUGGAUAGUAUACAAUGGCAGAGUAGUGACUGCCUCACAAAGGUUACCGUCAUCAGUUGUGGUAAAGGCUAUUGUCUAAUGGUGAUAUAAUAUUACCAUUGUUUAUAAAAGGGCAGUAAUUCCAAAGGCCUCCAUUCUUUAAAAAAACAAAGGGCCCAUUUUCAACCUCUUUAUUACAGGCCUUAACGGCUAUUUGAUCAUGGUGACUAUUGCCAUGGUCAUUUCCCUGUGGCAACUCUGGACCUCUAAGUUUUUAAUGGGGAUUUGGGCCCUGUUAUUUUAGUGCUGGAGAAUUCAAUCAGCUUAUGUGGGUGUGGUGAGUGUGCCAGAUAUCCGGUCAGCCCAUUUGUGUGGCUGGCCAGGUACAUUUUCCAAGUGAGAGAUUGGAACGACGAGGUCUUGUUUACAUUCCCCAUUUCCCGCUCUAGCUCUAAUCCUGCUUAUUGAUCUCCAUUAGUCAAAAAGCAGCUUUAGGACUUUAUUCCCGCUUUUACUUUUAGGAAGGCUGUGACAUUAAUACACACACACACACACACACACACAGAAGUCUCCCACGCUCGUUUAUCUUGCCCAGGAGAUGAUUUCCACUCCGCUCUGAUGGAAUGGCCUCUUGGUAGCGUGUAGUGUUCACUACAAAGGGAAUAACUCUGCCAUUUUGUGCCCUUUCACUCCAGGAUCGCGAAAUCCACCGAGACUCUGAGGACAUUCCACCCUGUGGCCGACCCCGCCUUUGACGAGUUUGUGCUGGACACUUCCAGAGAGGAGACCCUGCUGAAGGAACUUUGUUUUGGUGGAGGUAAGUAACAAUGUAUACAUACAUCGUAAUGGAAGCCUAAAACUAAAUUUGUUGACACAAUCCUCAUCUGUCCCACACUAAGUCACCUCAACCUGUCGGUCACUUUCACCUCCUCCUGAGCUCUGCUCUCUUUUUAGAUGCCAGCCACCAGAAGCCCUUUAAUUGAAUAAGCCGGUUACACUCCUGAUAUACACUCAGGGAUUUUGCCACUGAGAGCAUUUCAGGGCUUUUUCUGGUCCACUGCUUUGCAUAGACUCUCACGUCCCUUUGCCACGAUUAAAGAAAAGGACACUGUGAGGCGGGCUGGAUAUAAUUGUCUGCCCAUGAAAAGGAACUGAUUUGAUAUGUGCAUAUUAAGUAGGGGGAGCGUAACCCAGAAAGUAAGCAGAAGGGGAUUCAUAGACUGUUAUCUACCUGUGGCUGUGUUCUUAGAAUGAGCUCCAGCCGUGCUCCCUCCUGCUAGAAGUAUUACUGACCAUAAAGGGCUCUGCUCUGUCACGCCAUAGUGAGACUGAAAGGGUCAUAUGAAACGACUGUAUGUUGCUUACAUAUUACAAAUAUAUCCAAGUAAUCCAUUUUCCCUCUUUUGUGGGGAAAGCUGCUUGAAAGCCCUUGAAAGGAAGGCCAUUGAUUGAUAUGGUUAAUCGAAAUGGCAGGAGGGUAAUGAUGCACUCUGUCUGAGAGGAGGAAGCUCUCAGAAUUGAUGCCCAGCUGUAAUUGAAUUGAUGGUAGACAUGAAAAGAGCAGAGGAUGCAAAACUGUCUCCUCUUUAACAAAUGCCUUGUCAGUCUUCAUCACCAAAGUUCACAGUUCCACAAAUAUCCCCUCAAGAGUCGACGUAAGUUCAACCCUGCUCAUCAAGAUGAUGUCAUUAUAAUGCCAUUCUGGAGUCUUCCAAAUUCACACUGGCUCCAUAUUUGAAUGUGUCCCACUAGUUGAACCAUAAAGGCAUCGUGUUGUGUGUUUUCUCCCUUCCUAAUCCAGCCCAGUAUAGUCUGAACUCACGGCCAGUAAGUAGGAAGGAGACGUCUCUGUUUAGUGUAAUGUUUCUCCCUCCCGUCCCGGCUGUAGCCUGAUAAAUAGGCUGUUUCUCUGAGAAGAGCGGCUCUCUCGGGCCGGGUGCCGGCUGGGUAUGCAGGCUGCCCAGUCCUCUCUGCGGCACCCUCCUCAGCCCUGAUCCGAUUCUAUGGGACCCUAGCUGGAUCCGGCUGAUGCUGUUUGUGACGGGAAGCUCUGUCUAACAGUGAGAGAGGGGGAGAGCGCGAGAGAGGGUUUUGCAAAGUGCUUUUCCUGGCAAUGUCUGUGUGCGUAAAUGAAACCUUUUUAAGAGCUUCUCUCACUCUUCCUGUCUAUUGUCUGUCUACUUUGAGUUCAGUCUCAUCUCUUGUCGACUCCAUGCCUUUACAGAAACUUAUGCGCUUUCAUAAACCAAUGUGUUGAACAUUGAUCACUUUGUGGCUAAAUCAAGUUUAGUGUUUAUUUUUCUAUAUUUCCAGAUAGCCUGAAUAACCAAUACCAUUAAAAAUAAUUUCUAGCAUUAGUUUGUAUGGGACGUUCUUGCUCUGACUAGGCUUACUUGUCUAAGGCUUGCUUACUUACUCCUGUUAGUUUGUCGAUUAGAGAAAAACAUAUGAAUUGGCUGCAGACGAAUUACACUUUAAACUGACCCCUCCCUCUGCCAUUUACCUUUUCUCCUCCCCUCCCUCUCCAGUCCCUGACCCUCCCAUCAUCGAUCUGUCCCGCAGUCGUGUCUACAACGAAGGCCUGGUGUGCUGGCAGUUGGCUGAGGACACCCUGGCCACAGACCACCAGGUGCUGGAGUACAGGAGGCUGGGUGUCGAGCAGGACGAGGAGGAGGGCGGCUGGCGCCCCACAGUCCCGGUGUACGGCCCCAGCACAGUGGUGUGCGACCUGGAGGCCGACAGCCUCUACUCGUUCAGAGUCCGCAGCUGUCGCAACUCCAUCUACAGCCCCUACAGCCCAGAGGUCACCUUCCACACACCACCUGCCCCUGGUAGGCACCAGGCACUGAUGAUGUCAUACACACACACUGAUUAUGAUGAUGUAAUAUUCAUGUGGACGGUAGGCACUGAUGAAGAGAGAGGUGGCCCUGGGCCCUUUACCAAAACAGUGACCGACUAAUAAUUUCAAGCUCUACUGGAAUAGCAACUCAAAACAAAUAAAUACUCCGCAAUCAUUUAACAAUGAUUCAAUGCCAUUUUUCAAAUGUAGGAACUGGGAAAAGCUAGUAUACUGUACUGGGCUCUAUAGCAAUCAUCUCUAAUAGGCUGUGAAAGCAGCCCUGAAAGUUGGAUGCUAAUUAUCCUAAUUACCAAGAAAUACGUCUUAUUAUUUUCUGUCUUACGCUGGCAUCCCGCCUGUGUUGGGCUUCAGGGCUGAAGUUAAGCUUAUUAUUUUAUUUAUCUUCCCGAGUCUGUCGGUAUUUAGCAGUCGGAUCCACGGAAGAUUACAAAUUGACAGAUGCUCGACUGCUCGAGUGAACUGUGUGGAUAAAAUACAGUUGAUUGUUAGGAAGCCGCGGUGGGUCGGUCAUUCAUUUAUCAUUUCUGCGACCCGUCUCCUUUGUUGAAUCGCAGGAACACUCGCCUUUUGAAUUCUUUGUUUGUUUCAGACUGACUGGGCAGAGUUGCGAUGCAGCCGAGGCCCGGAGUUACAGUACAUCUGCUUACAAUUUUCAAAGUUUCUUCCUCCGAUGGUUCUAGGCACUUUGAAUAGCAAUGCCAUGCCAUCUGUAGAGCACUCUAGGGGUUGAUAUCACUUUAAUUCCUCAACAGUCUACUGAAUUGGACAGAGUCCCCCAUCCACCCGUCCAUCCUAGCCUCCAUACAUAUGGACAAUGGCUGAUCCAUUAGGAUUUCAUUGAGUGUUUAUUCUCCCCUGGCUCAUUAGUUUGCUGUAAACUGAGGCUGGAAGCUGGGUCCACUAUAGAUGGAAGCCCAGUGAUGGGACUGGGAGCCCACAUUCCUUUGCUCGGACUGUGGGGACGUUUAGCAGUGGGAUGCAGAGUGCGUUAGUAAUGAGGUGGAAUUCUGGGUCAACGCUGGCCUCAGACAGACAUUACAGUAGCUUCAACACGCCUCCUAUCAAAACAACAGUCAGUGUAGGCAUAGACUUGAAUCAUUACUGUACGACCAUACAUUUGUCCAUUUCUUAUCCUUUUUAAUGAAGGUUAUCUUUAGGAUGACUCAAUUCAAUUAAGUUUGUUCACACAACAAAGGCUAGUAUUUUUGCCCUCGUUUUUACGGGAUCGUCAUGAAUAAAUACGAAUGAAUCAUCUCAUCAUACCAUGGAGACAAAAUGCAAUGGUUCAAUUCACAGGCAUAAUUAUAUUACUUAAGUGUAUAGUAAUUAUUGCCUUUGGCGUUGUAACUAUUUUUAGCAUAUUUUUAUGUUCAGCAGCAGAUGUGACCUAGAAAAUAAUUUAUAAUGACCUUAUUUGAGAAUUAAGAAACCAUGCAUUGUUUUGUAUAUCUUUCUUCACAUCUGAAAAUGUAGCGUUUUGGAAAUUUGGUAAAUUCCUUAACUUUGUUUCAUUACUUGAAGAUCUUUAUAAUGGCGCCCUCAUGUGACACUUUAUGAAAGUCCACCUUUUCCUGGCAUCCAGAGAUGAGAAGAAAUGUGAAAUUCUAUAUGCGGCUGACUGUUCUUUUUUUUAUCGUUUCUCUCUCUCUCUCUCUCUCUCUCUCUCUCUCUCUCUCUCUCUCUCUCUCUCUCUCUCGCGCUCGCGCUCUCUCUCUUUCCUGUAGUGUUUGGCUUCCUGUUCAACGACAAGUGCGGCUUCAGCUCGGAGCGGCUGACGUUGAGUAAGCGGCGUGACUCGGUGGAGAGUGCGGCCGGCAUGGCCUUCCUGCUGGCUGCUGAGCGUGUGCAAACGGGCAGCUACAUGGGCCUGGAUUACAUCAUCGGUGACACGGGCAUCUCUCAGGGCAGACACUACUGGGCCUUCCGCGUGGAGCCCCACUCCUACCUGGUCAAGGUGGGCGUGGCCUCUGAUUCCAAGCUGCUGGAGUGGAUGCACAACCCCCGGGACACUAGUAGCCCCAGGUAAACCCCACUUCCUCAGUCUUUCUCUAUUACACACUCACUAAGGAUCAGGCCUGAGUCACAAAGAAGCCUGUGACAUAAGAAGCAUUAACCUGUGAAGGGCUAAUUCACGGACCAUGCCUUAGUUUCUCAACAAUUCAUUAAAAUAUUUAUGUUAUUACCUACUUUGUGGGUUUACUGUUAUGUAUAUUUUAACAGGCUUCCAGAUAAUGACGAGAAACACUCAGUGUGUCAGAGUAGUGGGUAAGAGCGUUGUGCCAGUAACCGAAAGGUCGCUGGUUCUAAUCCCUGAGCCGACUAGGUGAAAAAUCUGUCGAUGUGCCCUUAAGCAAGGCACUUAACCCUAAUUGCUCUGGAUAAGAGCGUCUGCUAAAUGACUAAAAUGUAAAAUGUAUAAUUGAAUGUGUUGUAAUUGUAGGCUGAUUCCGUUAUCUCUCCCAACUCCAGGUACGACCACGACAGUGGGCACGACAGUGGCAGCGAGGACACGUGCUACGAUCUGUCCCAGCCCUUCACCCUGCUCACCGUGGGCAUGGGCAAAGUGUUCAUCCCCAAAGCGUCUCUCCCCUCCGCUGCCGCCGGCAACGACCACGGCAACCGGGUGCUGCCCAUGCCCCAGCGCAUUGGUGUGUGCCUGGACUACGAGGCGGGCCGUGUCUACUUCUACGAUGCAGACACCAUGAGAAGCCUUUACGAGCGGCAAGUGGACUGCUCCGGUACCAUGUACCCCGCCUUUGGCCUCAUGGGUAGUGGCAAGGUCCAUCUAGAGGAGUUCAUCACGGCAAAGCGACUGUCGUAUAUGUGA